CGCUUUACGUCACUGGCACCUGCAUUCCAAGCCAGAUUUUAACCUUUUCUUGCUCUUCUUCAUUUUUCAUGCUUUUACUACCAUGAGCGUCGAAUCAUUGCCAUCGCAGCCACUUGAUGAUUCUGUUCCUCCUCUAUUUCGUGAUGCCGGCGCCAUCUUUGUUGAUCCAGGUGCCGGUGGUAUAAUCGGACGUCCUAAAUUGCUUCGUUCGUUGAGGAAAUUAGGUGCCUCUCUCUGUCACGAUCCAAGGAGUGCCAAGUACAUUCUCGUUCAUCCCCAGUCUGACACUGGACGCCAGUUUAUUCGUGAUUGGGGGACCGAUCCCGGCAAGGUUGUUCUAAAUCAUCAAUGGGUCCAACAAUGCUCUGCUGCUGGCAAGCUGCUAGAAGCUGACGACAAUUGGGGGCAUUGUACGACACAUGACGACGGGCUGCCCAUCGGGUCAACGGAAGAUGAGGAUGUCAAUCCUCUACCUACUCCUCGAGAAACGCCCGUCGAUGUCAGGCCAUCCACAUCGAAGAGCAGCUCUGCAAACCAUGCUCCGUCAAAAACACCAGUUCCGUCUCAGCCUCAACCUCCUGCAAGCCAUGCUUCGCCGUCGCCUAUCGUAAACGACAUUCAAACACCUGCUUCUAUUGUUCCUCCAGCACCAUCAGAUCCCUCUCCGAAUGUUCCACAAAUGCAACAGAAUGCCAUGCCCCUGCCUGGAGCUUCUGCCGGAUCGGCGACGCCGAGUGCGUCCUUUUUCCCACCGCUGAUGAUGCAUCCGGACAUGAUGCAGCAAUUCUUCAACCAAAUGAAUAUGAUGAGCCAUAUGUACCAGACGAACAUGAUGCCGCAGUCUAUUCCUGAUCACCGACACCCUCUGUAUGGCGCACUGGUCGAUUCUUAUAGAAACCAUCAAAUGUCCCAGGCGCAACCUUCCCUCCCAUCCAAUAACGUAGCUCAUCCAUUUCAUUCACCCAUCCCUCAGUAUGAAGGCCAGCAUCCAGACAAUUCUGCCUCUGUUUCUCUUUCCCGCUCUAACUCUGUAGAAUCUUCCAUACCAAACGGUUUUUCGUCCCAGCAAUUCAGCACAUCGAAGGGUAGCAUCAGAAGACAAUCACCUAUCCCUCGCUCGCCUACUGUUUCAUCUGCGGGGCCAUCCCAAAUGCCUACCAUUGCCUCCCCUGCUUCUUCGAAUAUAUUUACCGAUCCAGAAACUGGUGAAAGCUUGAACUUUUUUGUCGAAGUAAACAUGGGAUUUAGUACGCAGCGUUCUGUGACCACUUCCCAGAUCAAAAAACACGGGGGUAAACUAGCACAUCAGAAAGAACGCGCAGAUUAUUGCAUCCUUAGUCAAAAGUGCAAGACCUUCGAUACCGACCUCAGCGAAGCUGUUUAUUAUGGUGUCCCAGCUAUCAACGCGUCGUUUGUGACCGACUGCGUCAAGGCGAAGCAGCUCCUUGAUCAUUCCGAUUAUCUUUUCGACAUACCCGCGAAAUUACAGAAUAAACGCAAAGGACCCCAGAAGCAGCGCAAACAGCGAGUCAGCGUAGAUGCACAGGCGACGGUGGCGAAGGAAUGGAUAGAAGAGAGCCCGAGCACGUCCCAAAACAAGAGGUCAAGUCUAGACAGAAACGAUCAACCGUCAAAACGACGCAAGAUCAAAAACGAGUCUCCUUCUAGUCAACGGACAACGAAGCCUGUUGCUUGGGAUUCGAACUUACGAUCACCUUCACCGCCCCCAGAACAUACGCGCGUACUGUUCUCGGAAGGAAGAUAUCGAUACACGUUAGAGGAGCGAGAAUACGUCCGGUCCUAUGUCGAAGUCCUUGUCAAACGCGAUAUCAACAUCACAAACAUCGCUAUUGCUGAUCGACUUUUCGCAAAGAUGCCUCAUCAUUCUAAUAAAUCUUGGCGUGAACAGAUCCAGAAGGCCGACGGAUUUCGCACUGACAUUGAAACUAUUCGAAAGAGAGUCGGCAUCGCUCAACGGUUGAAGAGAAAUCAAGCUCCAGCUACCGAGCAUAGCUUUUCUAUCAUGGAAACACCUCCGCCAGCAGCACCAACUUCGCUGGUCCAAACAGGAUCGGCACAACGAGAUCCUUUUGAAGAGGACCUGAAUACUGUUGUGGAAUUUUUUGCAUUAGACGGUGCAGACGAGGAUGAAGAUGAACCCGAUGUCAUUUGGGCAAAGCUGACGAGGAAGGUAAGAUCCAUAAGUUUAUUCAUCACACCUUUUAUCGUAAUCAAUUAUUGGAAAGGUAACAUGCCAAACAGCGGCAUCGUGGGCAGAUUUCCAUUGCCAGCAUCAUGUUGAAAUACAACGGCGUUAUGAGCUUCUUGCAGAGAGAAACAACGACGGAGAGUAGGUAUCCGUGUGGUGAUAAUUAGUCUUGUUGAUUGUAUGAUUGCAUUGUCGAUGAUGAAUU